AUGAAUGACAAAGUGUAUCCAUCAGCGAAGCCCACUGCCAACGGCGGCGGCGGCGCUCCCACCGCGGCGAACCCGGCGUUCCCGGCGAACAAAGCGCAGUUCUACAACUCCCCUCGGCCGACCACCGCCGCGGCUGCUGCUGCUCGUGCUGCCUCUGGUCGACUCUGCCGAUCCUCCUCCACCUUGAAAGAUUCCGAGUUCCCCGCCUCCGACGGCCGGAAAUACGAGUGUCAAUACUGCUGCCGCGAGUUCGCCAACUCGCAGGCCCUCGGCGAUCACCAGAACGCGCACAAGAAGGAGCGGCAGCAGCUCAAGCGCGCCCAGCUGCAGGCCAGCCGCGACGCCGCCGCCUCCUACAUGCGCAACCCCAUGGUCUCCCCUCUCACUGCCGAUUCUCUCCACGCUAUACACAAUUUAAAAGCUCGACAACAAUAUAAGAGAAACUACAAAGGAGUUUUACCUUGA